AUGUCCGAGCGUCCAGAAUCUGUUGCCUUCUUGCAGGUGACCCGAGACAGCCGGAAAUUCGAAGAGGCCUGUCCCUGCAAAUGCUAUACACCUGCUGUGCUUGGCGUGACUCUAUACUUUGCCAAUCCCGAAGUCAAUGCUGUGCCUCGAGAUAAGUUGCUCAUCCCGGGAGUGACGUCGAUUAUCCAGGCCACCAUUCACGACAUCAGAAACAGGUCCAAGCUAGAUCAGCAUCAUCUGCAAAUGACGUACGAGUCCGGGUCCUUUGGUGGUGAGAGCCCGAAUGGGUGUGGUGUUGUCUUCGUGUUGGAAGAUGGUCAUGCAAACAUGACUGAUGAGGAGCUUCUUGCUGAAGUCAAGGAAGUAAACGGACGUGUGCGGGCAGAGUUGGGCGGACUCAACAAGAGCCAUCAGCCAGACUCCAUGGGCUGGAUGAUCAAGAGCAAAAUUCCUGGAACGGAGGAAAUGAGGACGAGGGCUGUUUUUCGCGAGGCUGUGUCCCCGGAAGCUAGAUUCACCGUGUUUAAAGAGUUACAGAGUGUCUUGGGCUCUGAAUUGUUUAUUCCGAUUGAAAUUAAGCACGUCCCAGGGCCGAACUAA